CGGGGCGCCGAUCGCAGACAUGAACUUGUGGCCGUCACUCCACGUGCUUGCGGGCGCCGCGCUCCUGCUGCUGCUCCUUCUCAGUCACGCCCCCAAGGCGGCCGCCCGUCCGGCCGCCUCUAGUGACUACGACGACGAUGUCCAGCCGGACCCGUACCCAGUAGUGCUGCCAAAAAGGACGGCCAUGGUUCUCGAUAAGAUGAUGAUUGCCUUGCAAAGGGCCCUUGAUGACGACACACUCAACGCGAGCGCCGCGCAACCGGAACAGAUGGAUCUUCAACGCAGGAAUCAACAGAAGGGUCGCGUGUAUCUGCGGUGCUACUUCAACGCAGUCACGUGUUUCAGGAGGAAAAAAUAACUAAAUAACCAAUGAUGAUUUCUAUCUAAUUUGCUAGUUUUCGUACCUACCAGCAGAAUGCAGUCACUUGUGGAUAGCAAUUUGACUUUCUGACAGUAAUAAUCACUUUUCAUAGCUCGUAUUAAGUUAUUCAAAUUAGUACAAUAUUGUUGUUUUCGAGUCAAGAUCUGCUUCGAAUCUGGAAAUUUUGAACAAAAUUAUUCAUAGCUCUUUGAAGCUUCAAAAGCCAGACUGUCCCGGGUGAAUUUGGGGUUCGUGAUUCGAUUUGGCUCAGGUUGUCGGCCAGCUGGGCUGCCGACGACCUCGCCGUUCAACAUUCUCGCCAAGGGGGCCCUGCAGACCCAGUGACCCGCUGAGCGACAAAAUCACCUGCCCUGCCUGCAUGCGCUCAAUCACGUCGGCGUUUUGUUGUUUUCCCCCUACACCCUGUCAAUUAUUGUACAAGCGUAGCACAUUAACAUGCAUAUAAAUAUCAAAGGGCGGCCGCGAUAGUUUGGUCUCCCGGUUUCAUUGAUGUGUCUGUCAUUUUGUCUAUGUAAAGUUAAUAAUAAAAAUAAACAAAAGUAUAGCUAC